UGGCUCGGCUUGAAUCCACCCCUAUUCUCCACCCUUGCCGCUGGCCGCUGCUCGACGUUGGUUUCUCCUUUUUCAUGUAUGACGGCAGCGCUUAAGAAUUGGGAAAGUAAAAUACAGGGAGAAGAAAGAAAUUACAGAAAGAGAAAGAUCAAGAACUGAAACCAGCGGUUCUGAUUGUCGGAAUUUCGUUGCCGCCACCGGUUCUGAUUGCCAGAGCUCACGCUGGUGGGGUUCCUGAUAAAGGGUUCCCUCGCAUACAGAGUAAAGAAUGAAAUCUAACCUCAAGAUAGUCGUGUAACGCAAGAGAGUUUAGGGAAGAGUUCCGUCCGGACAAGAUAAAGGAAGAUGGAUUUGCUCAUUUGCUGUGGAAUUGGGGAUGAUCAACCGUCGACCACAAUCCAACAAAAAUGUGGUAUUCGGAUAAAGUAAGAUGAAUGCAGCAACUGGUUGAGCGACUGAUUCCUCUCCCACGUGCACAAGGAGCAGUGAUUUGGGAUAUUUCUUCCUUUGGAAGUUGGGAGAAAAGAUGGUCAAUGGCACCCAACAUAUUUUCCAAUAUAAUGCCUCUAUGAGUCUUUAUAAUAUUCCAGAAAGAUCAUUUCUUGGAUCACAAUCAAUCUUUUUUCAGAAACUUGGAAAGUUGCAAAGAUUUUAAUGGGAGAGAGAGACUGAAAAUCUGAAACUUGGGAUUUCUAAGUUCUGCUCUCUUAGCAGUUAAUAAUCAUAGGCUAAGGUUACUACUUACUGCUAAUCUGGAGUAAGAUGGUGUUAACUGUUAGCUGAACAAAAGCUGCUUCAUGCCUGAAGGCAACGCCAAUAAGGAUCGUCUCAUGAAUAAAAUCUCAAGUCUUGUCAUCGUCCAAUUGUACUCUACAGUGGCCACUGGUGAUGGAAUUCCUUUUAAGGUCAUGGACCCAGUCACCCAACUUUGGAUCCCCAACUGCCCAUAUUAUUAUUUGAUGACCGACCUCAUUAAUGAUUUGACCAAAUGAGCUUGGUGAUCAGACCUGGCCUACACAGAGCUGCCAAAUGCUGUCUCCUUUGCAGUUUUCAUCCAUACAUCUAACCCUUCACCCCCCACAUGUUCAGAGUACUCUCAGUUAUCCCCUGCAAACUCUCAACAGAAACUGUCUUAGCUCUUUCUGAUCUCCACUCAGCUCAGAUCAUCUACCCAAGCUACCGUUCUCUCCAUGGCUGAAUGACUCGGAGAAGCCAUGCAUGUCCACUUCAAGUUCAAGAAACCUUCUUAAAUCUUAAGUGUCGGUAUCACACUGUUCCACUCUUCUCUGUUAUGCUUGGAAUUCAAAAUUGACUAGUCAGGAGAGCUAAGCAGCUUUUCUGUGUCUUGGUUGCAGUGAAACUUGGGGUGAUUGUCACGUGGGGACGUGUGAUUGUGACAACACGAGUCAAUAUCCCUGAGAUAUUGACGUUUGGUUCUUUCUGGGCGUUUUGCGUCUGCCAAACAAACUUUUGUUGUUCACUUGUUUGUUCGAGUUUGAAGGUUCAACUUUAGAUGGAGUUUGAGCCAGUUUGGAUGAUGCCCAGAAGUAAUUUGAAGUCCUUGAAGUGUUGUAGAUGGCAGAACAACUGAGGCUAUGUUCUAUAAUGUACUGAAUAAUGUAUUAGUUUGCUUCCUUUGAGAGAUUCCUUUUUCCAUUCUGAUUCCAGUGGUUGUAGUUGCCAAUUGUGGAAUUCUUCAUUUCUUUGGUUUGAAGUUUGAACCAUAGUCUGAAUAGACGUGGAGAAAAAGUAUUUGUUGCCAGGUGCAUUUUCACUAUGUUUAAGACCCCUGAACAUCAAGUUGCUGGGUACCAGGCUUGCGAUGGAAAGCUUGGUCCAUUGAUUGAUGAUUCAGGUCACUUCUACAAGCCUCUUCAGAAUGAUGAACGUGGGUCCAAAGAGGUGGCCUUUUAUACUUCUUUCUCUUCCAACACCAGAAUACCAGAUUAUGUCCGAAGAUUCUUCCCCAUUUUCCAUGGAACCCAGCUUUUAGAAGGUUCAGAUGGAUCCGGGCUGCACCCCCACCUUGUUUUGGAGGAUCUGGUCUCAAAUCGUGUCCUCCCAUCUGUUAUCGACAUCAAGAUUGGCUCCAGGACCUGGUACCCUCAAGCAUCUGAUGAUUAUUUCCAGAGAUGCAUCAAGAAAGACGGAGAGUCCACAAGCUUGCAAUUGGGCUUUAGGAUAUCUGGUUUGAAAGUCUAUGAGAGUGAGGAGUCAGGGUUCUGGAAACCUAAUAAGAAGCAAACCCAGAGUUUUACCAUGAAGGACGUUAAGUCAGUUCUGAGGAAGUUUGUUUCUUCUAACCCAUCUUCAGAUGGGGUCCCAGAUUGUUCAUUUGCCUCAGUUGUUUAUGGAGGUUCCACUGGAAUUCUGGCACAGUUACUGGAGCUGAAAGCAUGGUUUGAGGAUCAAACUAUUUUUCACUUCUACUCUUGUUCAGUUCUUAUGGUUUAUGAAAAGGAGGGGGCAUUGAAAGGGAUUCCGGGUGCAGAAAUCAAGCUUGUUGAUUUUGCUCAUGUCUUGGAGGGUGAAGGUGUUAUUGAUCAUAACUUCUUGGGGGGGCUAUGCUCUUUGAUAAAGUGUGUCUCGGAGAUACUCACCAGUCCAGAUGAACAAACAAGCAAUGCUUUUUUGAAGGAAUUUGAGAACAGGUUCUAAUGUUCUAUUUUGAAAAUGGUAUACAAGAAUAAGCAGAGAACUCUCAACUGGUUAGCUUGCAUCUCUUGGGUUUAAAUUGCACAUCUCUAUUUCUUCUUCUCUUUAGGAUGGAGUUCCUUUUGCCUUACUCUAGUGAAGAAAAUUUUGAUUUCAUUGAGCUUAGUGAGAGAGAUUGGACUGGUUUCAGAAAAAAAAUGAUAAAAAGAAAUUUGCACAAUGUGGUCAAUCUUCCCAAAACUUGAUAGACGUUUGAAGUGACUGUGACCCAAGUAGCUGUUAAUUAACCAACUAGCAACUUGAUAAAAGAACUUUGUAAAUAUACUUGAAGUCUCU